AUGCAACGCUUAAAACCUGCACACGAAAUCUACAAUCGUCUUUUAUGGGACACUUCUUGUGUCCCUGGUGGUGAGUUUGUUAUUGGUUAUGAAGACAGAUUUCUUGGCAUACUGGAAACGUCAAGAGAAGCUUUUGAAGCGGAAGAACUACCA